ACGACAGCAUCAUUAUCGGCUAAGAGCACAAUUGCAACACGACGCCUCCAUCACAUCGCAGAGAGAAAACACACUAGAAAGCGCCGUUCUGUUCAUCCUCAGCCAUCGCGAUGUCGCAAGAAACAGGACCCUUCUCAGUGCGCCGGCCCCGCGAGACGCUGGGCGUUGUUAGUCACAAUGCCUCCGCCAUCCCAAUGCCAGCAUCGGCCAUGAAGCGAUCAAGCUCCCAGAACAAGGUACAAGCGCCGUACACAACCAACCAUGUGCGCACAACCUCCGCCUCACGUAUGUCCCUUGCGCCGAACAGGCCCGCGCAGCCUGUAUUCCAGCGAUCAUCUUCUGGCACAAACUUGGCAGAUAUGGGCUUCUCGACCGUGCAACGUCCAAGCACAGCGAACUUCUUCAACAGCACCGGCGGCAGGAAGAGCUAUGCGCCGAUCACAAGCACACCUGCGAAUCCACUGCAGCUGCAAGACAGCACGCAGCGACGAAGCAGUGUGUACAGCGCCCGGCCUUCCGCAGGCCUCGGUCCAGCCGGGCAUCAAUCCUUCUUCGCGACCGCACCCCCUCAGAACGGCAUCCCCACCGACCCGCGACGCUUACGAGACGCCAAUACCCGCUCACAGAUAGCUUCAGAGCUGCUCGAGUUUCUCGCGCAACGCAACUUUGAGAUGGAGAUGAAACACACUCUCACGCACAAAAGCAUGAAUUCUCCGACGCAGAAAGACUUCAACCUCAUCUUCCAGUUUCUGUACCACUGCAUCGACCCGUCGUAUCGACUCCAGAAGAAUAUUGACGCCGAGGUUCCGCCUCUGCUGAAACAGCUUCGGUAUCCAUUUGAGAGGAACAUUUCCAAGAUGCAGUUAGCGGCUGUGGGUGGGAACAACUGGUCCACCUUUCUCGGCCUGCUGCACUGGAUGAUGAAUUUGGCGAAGAUGAUGGAGCAAUAUUCGACGGGUAUGUACGACGAGGCAUGCACAGAAGCCGGCUACGAUGUGAGCUCCGAUCGCAUUACGUUCCAGUUUCUGUCAGAUGCAUACAGAGAGUGGCUCUCAAUCGAAGACGAAGAUGAUGAUGAGGAGGAGGCAAAACGGCGUAUCCAGCCACAUAUAGACGCCAUGGCUGCAAGGUUCGAGCAAGCGAACCAAGCGAAUCUGGAGCAGGUUCGGCAGCUUGAAGCGGAGAGCAAGGCGAUGCAGGACCAGAUCGAUGAGCUCGCCAAGUCGACGUUGAAGCAGGCGGAACUGGACGAGAUAAUCAAGAUUCUGGAGGAAGAUCGGGAGAAGCUUGAAACGUACAACGCGUCGAUGCAAGCGAAAGUGGAAAGAUAUCUCCAACGUGCCGAGCUACUGCAACAAGAGAUCGAGAAGUGCGAAGCCGAAGUGCGAGAGGCGGAAAGCGAGCGCGACGAACUGCAGCGGAGAGUUGACGAGCAAGGCCUGAGCGUGCAGGAUAUCGACCGGAUGAACUCAGAGCGAGAGCGCUUGCAGAGGGGCGUGGAAGCGACGUCUCUGCGACUGGAAGAGGCGAAAGAUCGGACGGCGAAGAAGGAGGCCGAGACGGGGGCGAAGCUAGAUGAACUGGAGUCUAUCGUUCAGCGGUUCAACAGUGUUGGGUAUCAGGUUGGCAUCAUACCCUCUACUGCGGCAAACGCAAGAGGCAUCGAGUACGAGAUCUCACUUGCACUUAUCACCGGCCCGGCCUUCACCACCUCCCAACUGGGCACUUCAGUGAUCACCUCCAGCAAUGACCGCCUCCUCCUCGACGCUACAACUGGCUACCUCCCCCACCACCUCCUCCCGCCCACAGCAACCUCCCUACAAGCCUCGCGCAAGUCACUCCAAGAGCUCCGCAAGGAGAUUUCGGAACGGCGCAGUGUCGCGCUGGAAGAGGACAUGGCGAAGCUGGAUCUGUUGGACAAGACGAGAGAAGCGUUGGAUGAUAAGUACGCGGAGCUGGAGACUCUGAGACAUAAAGUGAGAGCGGCGCAGGAGGAGUUUGAGAGGAGCAGAGAGAUCACCGGAGCGCAGAAUAUGGCUUCGGAUGCGCAGAUCGAGCGCAUGGAGAAGGAGUUGGCGCGGAUGAGGGCUGGAUUGGUGGAGAGUGUGCAGGUGAUGGAGCAGACGGAGAUGAGCACUAAUCUUGAGUAUGCUUCGCGCUCUGAUCGUGAAGACGAUGAAGCGAUGAGCUAACGGAAGGUGCUUCACAGGUACGAACAACUUACCCUUCGCUCCUCAGCGUUGCGGGAAGAUCUGC